AUGGUCUUGUCUUGGAUGGUAAUGAUAAGUCUUGGAAUUCGGGUAGAUGCAGACUCUGGACUAACAGCGCCUCCGCCAACAGGUAGCCUCAGCUCAACUGCCUCGAUGCCACCGACCUCAGGUGUUUUCUCCUGUGGUGGCUUGCUCUGGGAUUCAUAUGGCUCAUUUCAAAGCCCCAACUAUCCUAGCCCCUAUCCCAAUAACGUGCAAUGUGUAUGGCGUAUACAGUUGUGGCAGGAGAACUACAGAGUGAACCUGGUGUUUUUGGAUGUUGAGCUGGAAGGCAGCUCCUGCCAGUUCGAUGCCAUCGAGGUGUAUGACGGCGGGCUCCCUGGGGGCCCUCUCCUUGGGACAGUUUGCAGUAACAACCACCACGUAUUUAUAUCAUCUGGAAAAGAAAUGGCUGUCCUAUUUCGCAGUGACAGCAGUGUCACCCGGAAAGGUUUCCAGGCCUACUACUACUCAAUUCCUGAUCACAGCAGCACUACAG